CAGUGAGGAUCCAAGAGUCAGGAUCUAGACACCCCACCAUGGCCUGCUCGCACUGUAUCUGGAUUGCUCUAAUUCUUCUCUCGGUGAUGACAAGUGACACUGGAGUAUAUGGUCGCGCAGUAGAUGCGCUGGGAUUUGCGUCGCAGUCGUCGAGAAGAGCAGAUGAAUCAUCCGGACCAACUUUACGCACGGAGGAGGCGCACCGGGACCGAUGCGCAGAGCUGGCUGCGCCUUGGCUGGAAAACAAACAAGCACCUGGGGACAACGCGACGACUUUGCAAUUCCGUGGUCGACCCCUUUCCCCGGGAGCCUCGCAAGGCCUGGUGUUCCCCGGCAAAUCUCUUUUCAACUUUGUCCGACGGGUUUACCAAUGCUGUCACGGGGGACUAACCUGCAGACGCGUCAAAGGGAUUCAAGGUCGUUCGAGAGGAGAUAGAGAUGUGGAGUUUCUCCUCAACAGGGAGAUUCUGUCACUGACAGUAACGAGAGCCGAGCUUCACCUUCAACUUUCCAACCCGCAGCACCUGGACAUCCACCCUGUGCUUCCAUCCAUGGCAAAGCACAGCCUUCCAACAAGGUACAGUGUGUGGUCCGGGGGCAGCAGGCUGGAGCUCAGAGUGGAUCUGCUGUUCCUCUUCCAGAGUCUGCAGGAGGCGGCAGGUGGUGCCGGAGGAGGGGGUCCCAGUUUGGUGAACAUGCGGCGGGUGGCGUUUUCUUCCAGGGGGGAUCCACUUAGAGAAAACCCUGCUCCUCACACUCUGCAGGACGCCAACAGCCAUGCGUGGGGGGAUGUGCUGGCCAACGGGCUGCCUGCUCUGGAACUGGUGCUGGGCUGCAGUCAGGCUGGAGCAGGGGUGUCCUGCGGGAGUGGCGGUGUUCAUCUCUCACACACACCUUUCAUGGCUCUGUACUACAGAUAAAGCCAUGUUGAGACUGGGACUGCAUGGAAACUGCUUUAUCUGUUACCUUUGAAAAGAGGGACAAGGAAAUAAUGCACUUCAACAAAAAAUCUAUUAAUUUAUAAAUGUUAUGUUUUGUAAAAUAUAUAUAUAAAUUUGUAAAUAGUGAAUAUGAUAUACCGGGAGUUUAUGCAGUCAUUCAUUGGUUAUUAAAACUCGAUUUAACAAUGGCUCUUGACAAAAGCGUGUGGCCACCUCAGUUUGUGGACGUGCUUCGUCUACUUUGUUCAGCUGUGUUUGUCUUUAAAUAUUCGGCUCCCAGCAGCAUUUAGAUAUGUGGUUCUAUUUCAAGAAGUAUUCACAGUUGGUGGAAAAAGGUGGAAAAAAAAGACACCUGGACAAACAAAGGGCCUGUGCAUGUUGCUGUGACCCUGAUGAACCUAGCUGCUCUGUUAAUUCGUUUCAGGAAACGUAAGACAAACACGUGAAGAGUUUCAAGGGUUGUAAGUGCCCACAAGGUUGCACAGUUCCAAAAAUACUUUGGAUUUUGUGGAUUCACAGGCACAGUACUUGUCAAACACAGAAGAAUCCAAAAAACACCAGGCCUUCUGAUAAAAUAGCACAUUUAUUAAAAAGAGACAGCAUAUAAUCAGCCUUUCCCAUUUUGCAGGUGUACAUGACAUGAGUAAAAUCAGUCAACACAGUCAUCAAAAUAACCUGUCUUUAUCCAACACAUGUAUAUAUAUCACUAUACAAUGGGUUUCGUAUUUAAGCUCACGUCUCUCAAUCCCACUGUGUGACUGGUGGAAGACCUCGCCCUUCAUGUACGCAUACUAUGGCCUAAAUUGGCUCGCUGUUCAAAUUUGUCUCAAUUUAAAUUCAUCUCACAUCUCAGCUGCCUUGAAAAUGGGACACGAGGGGAAAUAGCAUCAAGCUGAAUUUUUUUUUUU